UGGUUGAAAGUGAAAAUGCGUGAAGGGGAGGGAGAGAAGCCAAGCGAAGGAGGGACAGCAGGAGCCUCAGCCCCUGCUGUCCCUGACACACCACACACCCUGACCUCCUGGGUCCUAUUUCUUCAUGUUGGUUCAACAUUAACCCAGACGGGGCUGGGACUUCUCUUGUCCUGCUCCCUCUUCAUUUCCUCUGCAGCUGAGGCAUAUACCAUGAGGCACAGCAGAGUCAGAGUGCUGGGCAGCCUGCUCCUUUUCUGCCUUCUGCACCUCGUGCUGAGCCAUGACAGGGUUUUCCUUGGGCAACAGCAAGCGCUUUCCCUGCUCAAGCGCCCUCGACGUGCCAACAAGGGAUUCCUGGAAGAGGUGCUCAAAGGCAACCUGGAACGGGAGUGUCUAGAAGAGAAAUGUAGCUACGAGGAGGCCUAUGAAGCCCUCGAGUCCACUGUUCGCACGAAUGAAUUCUGGAGGAAAUACAGGGAAUGUGAAUCCCAGAGGAAGCUCAGGACAGCUCUGGAUGAGUGUCUGACAGGAAACUGUGUCGCAGGCAGUGGGCAGAACUAUCAAGGGACAGUUUCUGUCACCAAGUCGGGGAUUGAAUGUCAGUUCUGGACAAGCAAAUUCCCUCACAGACCUGAGUUUAACACCACCACCCAUCCGAAUGCCAAUCUCACCAAGAAUUACUGCAGGAACCCAGACAACAACCCAAAUGGCCCCUGGUGCUACACCCGAGACCCAGCAGUGCGAUGGGAGGAGUGUGCUGUUCCAGUGUGUGGUCAGGACAAGACCACAGUUCCAUUUAGUCCCCGGUCCCCUCCACUGGACAAAACACAGCAGCCAUGUGAAACGGACAAAGGGAUGAAUUACCAUGGGAAUCUCUCUGUCACCAUCUCUGGGACCAAGUGUUUGCCAUGGGCCUCAGACAAGGCAAAGGAGCUGUCCCAUGGAAAUACAUUUUCCCGAGAAGUGAAGCUGGUGGAAAAUUAUUGCCGGAAUCCUGAUGACGAUGAUGAAGGUGUCUGGUGUUAUGUGGAUCAUCCAAAUACUACCUUUGAGUACUGUGACCUGCACUACUGUGCGAGGCCUCUGGAUGAGAUGGACGAAGCAAUAGCAGGGAGGACCAUUACCCAACAGCACCAAACCUUCUUUGAUGUUAAGACUUUUGGUUCAGGUGAAACAGAUUGUGGCAUCCGUCCCCUGUUUGAGAAGAAACAGAUUUCUGAUAAGAGUGAGCAUGAGCUGUUGGACUCCUACAUUGAGGGCCGGAUUGUAAAGGGGGAAAAUGCAGAAGUUGGCAGUGCCCCCUGGCAGGUGAUGCUUUUCAGGAAGAGGCCACAGGAGUUGCUGUGUGGUGCCAGCCUCAUCAGCGACCGCUGGGUCCUUACUGCUGCCCACUGCCUCUUUUACCCACCCUGGGACAAGAACUUCACCACAGAUGACAUCUUGGUGCGGAUUGGGAAGCACCAGAGAACAAAGUACGAGCAGAGCAUAGAGAAAAUCGCCAUGCUGGAUAAAAUCAUCAUCCAUCCCAAGUACAACUGGAGAGAGAACCUGGACCGAGACAUUGCACUGUUGCUCCUGAAGAAACCUAUAGUCUUUAGCGACCGCAUCCACCCUGUCUGUCUGCCUACCAGGGAGCUGGUGCAGAGCCUGAUGCUGUCAGGAUUCAAAGGGCGGGUAUCUGGAUGGGGAAAUCUGUAUGAGACCUGGAGCUCUGGCACCACCGCACUGCCCUCAGUUCUGCAACAGGUGAACCUCCCCUUAGUCAGCCAUGAUACCUGCAAGGCAUCCACUAACAUCAAACUCACUGAAAACAUGUUCUGUGCAGGGUAUGGUCCUGAAGACUCCAAGAGAGGGGAUGCUUGCGAGGGGGACAGUGGGGGCCCUUUUGUCAUGAAGAGCCCACAAGAAAACCGCUGGUAUCAGGUGGGGAUCGUCUCAUGGGGAGAAGGCUGUGAUCGUGAUGAUAAAUAUGGAUUUUAUACACAUGUAUUCCGCUUGAAGAAAUGGAUGCUAAAAACCAUCAACAAAUAUGGGCAAUAAAGAAAGCAUUUGUCACAUCUCAACUCUUACAGCUGCUUUAAUUUGUAGCAAUAUGAACACUAAGGAAAGUGAAGUAAGAUGUCCAGAGGUAUUCUCUAGCAUCAUUGCCAAUAAAAUGGUUAUAGCAACAA